CGGGCACGCUGCUGCAGGGCCUCACAAUGCCUUACGACCUUGCUGCUCCGCCUGAGGGCAAUCACCCCUCUGCUGACACUGCUUACGACUUUGCAACGGCCUUCGGGCUGGCCUAUAGUUAUGCUAUUCGCAAAAACAGAUCCAACUACACCAAGCGCUCUAAAAUCUUGAAGAAGAUCACUCCUGGAGUCUUCGUUACUGACUGCGAGUUGGUACUGAAGAACGCCCUCCGCAAGCACUACGAGCACGUCUCGCAGCUGAUAUAUAUGUGGCAUAUUGCUAAGAAUGUCGGUAUUAAGAUUUAG